AUGACCUCCAUGCAGGCCAUACCGUUCUCUCAGCUCCAUAAAGAAAAGGAUGGCAACUUUGAAAACACAUAUUACAGUGAAGUGAUUUCCAAGCUAGCCAAGAUCCGUUAUGCAGGUCAAGAAACUGAAAUAAGGACAAUUAACCCAUUGGCUAUGUUGCCUGAAGACCUGGAUAAAUAUUAUCGUUACCAGGGCUCCCUUACUACUCCCCCCUGUACAGAGAACGUGCUGUGGACUGUAUUCGAUUCUCAUAUCAUCCUCUCCCAAAAUCAGAUCAAAUUGCUGGAGGGGACGUUGCUGGAUUGGCACAAUAAUACUCUGCGUAAUGAUUACCGCCAUGCGCAGCCACUGAAUGAUCAUGUGGUACAGUCUUCUUUCAAAGUAAAAUUGUCAAAAGAAUUCUGCCAGCAAGAGAUCACCUCUAAACUGACCCAAAUCGAGACUGACCUUUUAGAUGUGAAAAGGAGGGUAGAACCCUCAAGAGGUCGUGCAGGUUCUCCUGCAGUUCCACACUAUCCUCUGUUCUUUUUCUCCAGGACUCACCCAGCUGCUCACGUGGAAGUUCAUCUCCUUAAACCUUUAGAGUUGACUCAGUUCACCCUGUGUGUGUGGGUGAGAACCAAGCAUGAAGGCAAUCAGAAAGUCUUUUCUUACUCCACCACAAACAGUGACAAUGAACUUGUCCUAGGUAUACUGUCCGGCAUAUAUCUAUGGAUUGGAGGGAUAUCUGUUGACUUCAACAUACAUCACACAUCAGAGGACUGGGUUCAUUACUGUGUACGGUGGGAGUCUUCCUCCGGGCGCAGUGAGCUCUGGGUGAGCGGGCUUCAUGGAAAAGAACAAGUUAUCCAGAAAGGAUAUAACAUUAAACCUGGUGGUAUAGCCCUUCUUGCUAAAGACCGAUUUGAUCUCUUGGGACUGUUUAAUAACAGCUUCUUUGGAAGGUUAAGUCAGCUCCACUUGUGGAGUCACCUACUCAGUGCCCAAGAGAUUGCAUCACUAAGUAAAUGUCAAGUAACAGGACUUAAGGGAGAUGUAAUAUCAUGGGGAGACACCUCCAUGACCGUGUCUGGUGGUGUCAUUCUUGAGCCAGAUAACAGCUGCUAACUCAUUGCAAUACCAUGCAUUGUUACUUCCUGUCUACAAAAGAUUGUUACUUAAUUUCACCCUAUUAGGGGUAUAUAUCUCACAUCCAGUGCAACUUAUAUGUCCACUGUUUUUCCAACAGCCAGGAUCUAUUAGGCUAGAGCUACACAACAACUUUGGUCGCGCGACACAAAGAUCACAGUUUCUUAGUGUGCUGUUACGCGUAAUGUUAGGGAAUGGUGACUUGGCACCUGCGAUCAAAAAAUCCAACAAAGAUGCGAGCGUCAAGUCAUAUUUGGCUGUUCCAUUAACCUCAACGCAAGUUGCAUGCGAAUGCAACCUGCUCUUGACUUGUCUGCGAUUUGGCUAUUUUUUUUUUUCACAGUCAAAGGCCAAUUUCACACGAGCGUAUUAUAUUUUUUGCAUCUGUACUAUGGAUGCAAGUAUUAGCUUGAUCGCGUUUCUGAUGAGCCAAACUGACAGCUGUUCGUACAGGUCAUUAGACCUGUGAUCAGGCUGGAUCCUGGGUCUGUAAUACAGAUGCAAAUUCUUGCAUGUAAUACACUUAUGUAAAAACACAAGAAUCACAAAAGUCGUGCAGUUAUUUUGGUCACGCAGCUUUGAUAAGUUUUGCUGUUAUGCCACAAAUGUUGCUGUCUUGCUCCAGUCUAAACAUAUUACAUAUUUACUUCUCUUAUCUUAUCAAUAGGUUGGAUAAUUAUACAUCACUUGGGUUAAUGUUCAUUUACAAUUCUUAUCUCUGACUUACAAUUAUAUAGGUGAAAUCUGUUGAUUUAUUAUAAUAAAGUGACUUUUGAACUUAAAGGAAAACUGUCACA